UUAUAAAUGAAUAAGAUAAUAAUAAUAAUAGCGUUUUCUGGAUUUUAACAUCCAUCCUCAGGUGAAUACAAAUAUUGAAUAUAUUUAUAAUCAUAUUCACCUGAGGAUGGAUGUUAAAAUCCAGACAGCUCUAGUGAUUUGAAUAUAUUUUGGAACUGCAUAUUUUCCCGCUUUUGUAUUUAUUUUGACUGUGAUACCAACUCUUUCUAUUUGGAUUAUACAUGUAUAUAUUAUAUAUACAUACAUGCAUACAUACCGUAUUAAUGACAGUUAUAAAGGCCAAAGGGCACCUGUUAAUGAUUCAAAAUACUAUACCAAGUGACUUAAUUACCUGAUGGGUUGGGUGAAUGUACCUUUAUUUAUUCCAAUAACUGCCACGUAACCUAAUGUUUCUAUAUAAACACAAAAAGGAAUUCCCUGAGCACUGGGAAAAUGCGGCUGGCGUGUUUGUUACUUGUGAUUUUCUUUUUCUCCUCUUUUGCUGAGGAGGAUGAACUACGAGUAGAAGUUUUAUACAAACCUCGGGUUUGUCUGAGGAAAUCCCAAUUCGACAAUAUGUUGAAGGUCCAGUACAAAGUGUUCUUCCAAAAUGGAACUUUAUUUCAUUCAAGUUAUGAUAAUGACGUCAUCAUGCGGGUUCCCCUCGGACUCGGGCAUCCGUCGAGUUUCAUAGAAACUGGAUUCAAUGGCAUGUGUGUGGGCGAGAGAAGGCUACUGACGAUUCAGCAUCACGGUCAGGGGGACAGGGAUCUGCCCCUUCAAAACGGUAAUGUUAUCCCGGCUAAUACUCCUCUAUUGUACGAGGUAGAGCUCAUAGACUUGGAGGAGAAGAUUAACGUGAAGCAGACGUUCGAGAAUAUCGACUCUGAUGGUGAUAACUACAUAACAUUGGAAGAGAUCAUAGAAUACAUUAAAAACAUUGAGCACCAAUCUGGAGACCUAGCCCUGUCACCGGAAGUUCUCCACGAGGUAUUCAAUUCCCUGAUAACCGAGGCGGACAAUGACAAGGACGGAAAAAUCUCCCGGGAGGAGUACCGAGAUACACUCCCGUUCCAUUUCAGAGAGGAACUAGUUCCCGGGUCCAGACCAACAGCUUACGCGACAAAACACACAAUGCUCCUUCUAAAAUGUGUCAUUCUAUGGUCGGCUCUAUGCUUUAUCGGGACAUCCGGGCAGUUCUUCCAGGAUGAAGUGUAUGUCGAGGUGCAAGAGUUUCCGGAGGAGUGUGUUGCUGUGGCAAGGGAAAACGACAUUUUUUUAGUUCACUACCGCGCUUACCUCCCAGGCGACAUACUGUUCUUCUCUAGCCAUUACAACAAACGUCCGGUUGUCCUGCUUCCCGACGGUGAUAAAGAAACCCUGGGUCUCCGGAGAGGUAUUUUGGGUAUGUGUGUGGGGGAGGUCAGGAUACUGACGGUCCCGCCGGAACUAGCGUAUGGCGGGCAAGAAUUUGCCACGAAGGACGGGUAUAUCAUUCCUGCAGACUCGGAGAUAAUAUACGAAGUGGAACUUUUGUUAACAAAGGAUAGUGAGAACAUGGGUGAUACCUUUGAUGCUAUUGACACCAAUAUGGAUGGUUACCUGGAUAGGGAGGAGAUUCGUUACCAACUGGCCAUUCUGGAAGCCGAGCCUGUAGCUAUGAAUCUUGGACUUGACAGCGAAGAUGCGAUAGCCAAUCUUUAUGAGAGCAUGUUUAAGAAUAACGAUAAGGACCUGGACGGAAGAAUCUCCCGCGAUGAGUAUCUUGGGGCCAUCUCGAGGGCAGAAGAACUUUAAGGGACCUUAACAUCUGUGCAUUGAUUGUCAAAACAAACUUAUAUUUCCUGAUCCAAUCUGAGCUUCUUUCGUGGUUUUGUGUUUCGUAUGAAAGAGUUCCCAAUGUGGUUUUUGAUGGAGACUUGGAGAUGUUGAUUUUAGUACUUACUUAAAUGUAUGCAGAUUUUAAAAUUAUAUAAUACUACAUAGAAAUUGAAAUAAUUUUCAGCACAAUUCCAAUAUUUCCAUGGGCACGAAUUGUGUUCCUUUGUUAGCUGAUGUUUUUAUAUUCUUAUGAGGCAGAAUUUAUUCAAAUGUUUCUACAUGAGAAGAAAAAUCUUGUUGUGGUCUUCAACUCGACAUGUAGAUAUAUCGAUGACGUUUUAUCUAUUAACAAUCAUUUUAAUUCAUAUGUCGAUUCUAUAUACAUGUAUCUCAGUGAAAUCGAAAUAAAAGACAUCGUGCAGGGUC